AUGCCGCUCCCUGCGCUGCUCUGCGCGCUUUGCUUCUGCUUCUUGGCCGCGGCCGCUCGUGCCGGCUACUCGGAGGACCGCUGCAGCUGGAGGGGCAGCGGCCUGACCCAGGAGCCCGGCAGCGUGGGACAGCUCGCCCUGGCCUGUGCGGAGGGCGAGAUCGAGUGGCUGUACCCGGCCGGGGCGCUGCGCCUCACCCUGGGCGGCUCCGAGCCCGGCGCGCAGCCCGGCAUCGUCUGCCUGCGGCCGGCGCGGCCCUUCGCAGGCGCCCAAGUCUUCGCGGAGCGGGCGGGCGGCGCGCUAGAGUUGCUGCUGGCCGAGGGCCCGGGCCCGGCCGGGGCCCGAUGCGCGCACUGGGGUCCCCGCGAGCGCCGGGCCCUUUUCCUGCAGGCCACCCCGCAUCCCGACCUCAGCCGCCGCGUGGCCUCCUUCAGCUUCGAGCUGCGGGAGGAUGGGCGUCCUGAGCUGGCCCCGCAGGCCCGCAGCCUUGGAGCGGAUGCUGCCUGCAGACCCUGCAGUGAUGCCGAGUUCCUCCUGGCCGUGUGCACCAGUGACUUUGUGAUCUACGGAACCAUCCUCGGGGUCGCCCACGACACAGAGCUACAGGAAUCUGUCAUUACCGUGGCAGCUGCCCGCGUCCUCCGCCAGACACUGCCGGUUUUCCGGGUGGGAGGCCCCGGGAGCCAGGGGCAGGCCUCCAUUCGCACCCCACUGCACUGUGGCGUGCACCCCGGCCCUGGCACCUUUCUCUUCAUGGGCUGGAGCCGCUUUGGUGAGGCCUGGCUGGGUUGCGCUCCCCGCCUCCAGGAAUUCAGCCGUGCCUAUGCAGCUGCUCAUGCUGACCACCUGCACCCCUGCGAGGUGGUGCUAGACUGA